AUGAAGAUGCUGAAGCAGCAGCUCGUUGAGCGUAGGAAUGCAGCGGAUCGCGAGACCGUGGAUUUCUUCGAUCUUGUGAUCGAUGAACUGAACAAGCCAAACCCUAUAAUGGACGAGAGCACCGCGUUGGACUUGCUGUUCACGAUGCUCUUUGCAAGCCAUGAGACGACAUCGAUGGAGGAGCAUGAAAAAAUCCUAGAAAGAAGGGUCGAUCCAGACUCUGAUAUCACGUGGGAGGAGUACAAGUCUAUGAAAUUCACAUCUCAUGUUAUACAUGAAUCUCUAAGGCUGGCAAACAUCGCACUGGUCAUGUUCAGGAAAGCAGAUCAGGAUGUGCACAUAAAUGGGCACACAAUUCCAAAAGGAUCAAAGAUCAUGAUCUGUUCAUUAGCAUCACACUUGAAUAUGAAGGUUUACGAGGACCCCUCAGUAUUCAAUCCAUGGAGAUGGAAGGAUAUUCCUGAACCAGUCGGUGCCUCUAAGGACUUUAUGGCCUUUGGGGGUGGUUUGCGGCUAUGUGCUGGUGCUGAUUUUUCCAAGAUGCAAAUGGCUAUGUUCCUCCAUUACUUGGUCACAAAUUACAUGUGGAAAACCGUCAGCGGUUGGACAAUGGUAUUCUAUCCGGGGUCGCAAUUUCCAGAUGGCUUCCACAUCCAGCUUCUUCCAAAAGUCUCAAACAUGGUUCUAGAAAACCCUAUCAAGAAAUUAGGCGCAUGA